CUUUUUCGCUACCCGCGUAAAAAGCCGUACCAAAUUCCCAACGGGCUCGAUUUAUUGCACCUUGGUUGCUUCGAGCGGAUAACAAGGGUCCCUUAAACCAACCCAGCAAUCCACCACCGACCGGGUAAGCCCCGGCUAUGGAGCACCGAAGCAUAAGCAAGAACGCAGCAUAAAGCAUAAAGGGCGAGAGGCGUGCGUGCGUGCGAGUGAACAAGUGGCGUUGCAGCGAGAUUAAGACCGAGCUCGUCCCAGAGCAACCUGUUGCGAGUGACAAGUGCAAGUGGGUGAAGAAAAAAAAGAAGAAGCCAAAAGUGACAAGUCAAACCACCGGGCAGGCUAAAGAUGGCUUCCUCCAGGAGGGUGGUGAUUGGGACGGCGGUGCUAAUGUUGUGCCUGCUGAUUUCCACCGGCAGCUGUUACAUGCGCGAUUACACGCACAAACACGAGAUCAACGAAAUGAGAGUAUGCAUCGGAACUAAUGGACGAAUGUCGGUGCCAGCGAACCGCGAGUAUCACUACAAAAACCUGCGCGAUCGCUACACCAACUGCACGUACGUUGACGGCAACCUAGAGAUCACCUGGAUACAGAACAUCACCGAUCUGAACUUCCUGCAACACAUCCGUGAAGUGACCGGGUACGUGCUGAUCAGCCACAUCGAUCUGCCGCAGGUGAUCCUUCCGCGGUUGCAGAUCAUCCGUGGUCGGACAACGUUCAAACUCAACAAGUGGGAAGAAGCGUACGGACUGUUCGUUUCGUUCUCGCACAUGAACACGCUCGAGUUGCCGGCGUUGCGUGAUAUCCUUGGUGGAUCCGUCGGAUUCUUCAACAACUACAACCUGUGCCACGUGCGAUCGAUCACGUGGGAUGAGAUCCUUUCAGCGCCGCAAACCCGCAUGCACUAUACGUUCAACUUCUCGUCACCUGAGCGCGAAUGUCCACCGUGUCACUCGACGUGCGAGGGCGGAUGUUGGGGUGAAGGUGCCCAUAAUUGUCAGCGGUUUAGCAAGCUUAACUGUUCACCUCAGUGCUCACAGGGUCGCUGCUUUGGUCCGAAACCCCGCGAAUGUUGCCAUCUGUUCUGCGCCGGCGGUUGUACCGGCCCAACCCAGCAAGACUGCUUAGCGUGUAAGAACUUCUACGAUGAUGGUGUCUGCAAGCAAGAGUGUCCUCCGAUGCAGAUAUACAAUCCAACGAACUAUUUCUGGGAGCCAAAUCCGGACGGGAAGUAUGCGUACGGAGCGACAUGUGUGCGCAAAUGUCCUGAGCAUCUCCUCAAAGACAACGGGGCGUGUGUGCGGAAGUGUCCCAAGGGCAAAAUGCCACAGAACAGCGAGUGCGUGCCGUGCAAAGGCGUGUGUCCGAAAACGUGUCCGGGUGAGGGCAUAGUGCACUCGGAUAAUAUCGGGAACUACAAGGACUGCACCAUCAUCGAGGGGUCACUCGAGAUUCUCGACCAGUCGUUUGACGGCUUCCAGCAGGUGUACGCAAACUUUUCGUUCGGGCCGCGCUACAUCAAGAUCGACCCGGACCGGCUCGAGGUAUUCUCGACCGUCAAGGAGAUCACGGGCUUCAUCAACAUCCAAGCGCACCACGAGAACUUCACCACGCUGUCGUACUUCCGCAGCCUUGAGGUGGUCGGUGGCCGGCAACUGAAGGAGAACCUGUUCGCCUCGGUGUACAUCGUCAAGACAUCCCUGAAAUCGCUGGAACUGAAGUCGCUGAAGCGUGUCAACUCGGGAUCGAUCGUGAUCCUGGAAAACAGUGACCUGUGCUUCGUGGAGGGUAUCGACUGGAGCGCGAUCAAGAAGAGCUCCGAUCACGAGGUGAUGGUGCAAAAGAACCGCAACGCCUCGGAAUGUCAUGCGGCAGGAAUGCAGUGCUCGGUGCAGUGCUCCAGCGCGGGCUGCUGGGGCAAGGGACCCGAACAGUGCCUUGAGUGUAAGAACGUCAAGUACAAGGGAAAAUGUUUAGACAGCUGCAAGAGCCUGCCAAGGUUGUACCAGGUGGAUACGAAUACGUGCGGUGAUUGCCAUCCGGAGUGCAAGGACUUCUGUAACGGAUCGACUGCGGACAGUUGUGGUUCGUGCGUGAACGUAAAGGACGGUCGGUACUGUGUGUCCGAGUGUCCAAUCAUGAAGCACCCGAUGAACGGCACCUGCAUCAAUUGCCACAAGACGUGCGUUGGAUGCCGAGGACCGCGUGAUACCAUCGCCCCAGACGGCUGUAUAUCCUGCGAGAAGGCGAUCAUCGGUAGCGAUGCUACGAUCGAGCGUUGCUUGAUGAAGGACGAGUCGUGUCCAGAUGGUUACUACAGCGACUACGUGCUGCAGGAAGAAGGUCCCCUGAAGCAGCUGUCCGGAAAGGCGGUUUGUCGGAAGUGCCACCCGCGAUGCAAGAAGUGCACCGGCUACGGAUUCCACGAGCAGUUCUGUCAAGAGUGCACCGGCUACAAAAAGGGCGAACAGUGCGAGGACGAGUGCCCGCAGGACUUCUACGCGAAUGAGGCGACGCGUGUGUGCCACCCAUGCCACCAGGAAUGCCGCGGAUGUCACGGAACCGGCGCGGAUCAGUGCGAUGAGUGCCGCAACCUGAAACUGUUCGAGGGCGAUCCAUACGACAACGCCACCGCAUUCACUUGCGUGUCUAACUGCCCAUCCUCACACCCGUACAAGCGGUUCCCGCAGGAAACGGGCAAAAUCGGACCAUAUUGCUCGGCCGACCCGGUUCAGAACGGACUGAAACACGAUGCGCAGAUCCAGGUGAAGAUCGCGAUGUUUAGCGCUGUUGUGCUGGGACUCGUGCUCAUAGUGGCGAUCGUGUUGUACGUGCUGUUCAGCCGGCACAAGAACAAGAAGGAUACGGUUAAAAUGACGAUGGCGUUGGCGGGUUGCGAGGACUCGGAACCGCUUCGUCCAUCCAACGUUGGGCCAAACCUGACCAAGCUGCGCAUCAUCAAGGAGGCAGAGAUCCGCCGGGGUGGUGUCCUUGGGAUGGGCGCGUUCGGGCGUGUCUUCAAGGGUGUCUGGAUGCCGGAGGGUGAAAGCGUGAAGAUCCCGGUUGCGAUCAAGGUGCUGAUGGAGAUGUCCGGUUCGGAAUCGAGCAAGGAGUUCCUCGAGGAAGCGUACAUCAUGGCGUCGGUGGAACACCCGAACCUGUUGAAAUUGCUCGCUGUGUGCAUGACCUCGCAGAUGAUGCUGAUCACGCAGUUGAUGCCGCUCGGUUGCCUACUGGACUACGUGCGCAACAACAAAGACAAGAUCGGCUCGAAGGCGCUGCUAAACUGGUCCACUCAAAUCGCACGUGGGAUGGCAUAUCUCGAGGAGCGACGUCUCGUGCAUCGAGAUUUGGCCGCGCGAAAUGUCCUCGUGCAGACGCCCUCUUGUGUUAAGAUCACCGACUUUGGGCUUGCCAAGCUGCUGGACUAUGACUCGGAUGAGUAUCGGGCUGCAGGUGGCAAAAUGCCGAUCAAGUGGCUCGCGCUCGAAUGUAUCCGACACCGGGUGUUCACGAGCAAAAGCGAUGUGUGGGCGUUUGGUGUGACCAUCUGGGAGUUGCUGACGUACGGUGCACGGCCUUAUGAGAACGUACCUGCGAAGGACGUGCCCGAGCUGAUCGAGAUCGGUCACAAGUUACCCCAACCGGAUAUUUGUUCGCUUGACGUGUACUGCAUCCUGUUGUCCUGUUGGGUGUUGGACGCGGACGCUCGGCCCACUUUCAAGCAGCUGGCGGAAACGUUCGCGGAAAAGGCACGCGACCCGGGCCGGUACCUCAUGAUUCCGGGCGACAAGUUCAUGCGAUUGCCGUCGUACACGAACCAGGAUGAAAAGGACCUUAUCCGCACGCUCGCGCCCGUAGCAAUGGCUGCGGCGGCUGCGGCUGCUGCUGCCUCCACCGUCGACGUGCCCGGUACGAUCCCGGAGACGGACGAGUACCUACAACCGAAAACGCGCCCGUCGAUCAUGCUGCCAGGACCAUCGGCGGUUGAUCCGUCUGACGAGGUGCCGAAGUCACUACGCUACUGCAAGGAUCCGCUCAAGGCGGACGACGAGACGGACGGAAACGCAAAGGAGGUCGGUGUCGGUGGCAUCCGGCUGAACUUGCCCCUCGACGAGGACGAUUACCUGAUGCCCACUUGCCAAAGCCAAGCCCAGUCUACACCGGGCUACAUGGACCUGAUCGGUGUUCCGGCCAGCGUCGACAACCCCGAGUACCUGAUGGGCUCGACGCCGGCCAUUGUUGGCGCCAUUCAGGGCUCGCACACUCCUCCAUCAUCCGGCAACACGUCGCCUGCCGUGCAGGGCUCUUCCCAGAUCCAACUCCAGCCCAUCCAACAGCCGCUGCAAGUGUUUCAGCAGCAACACCACCAAUACCAGCAGCAACUCCAGCAGCAGCAGCAGCAGCAGCAACAGCAGCAGCAUCACCUGCACCCACACAACCACCUGCACCAGCACAUCCACCAUCAGCCGCAGCUAUCCCAAUCGUCACACCAUUCGUCCUCGUCGAAUGGGUUGUCGACAGGACCGGCCUCCAUCAACCACACGCCUUCGCUCAGCAACGCCAGCAGCAGUGUGGGGUUGAAGGGUGGUGCUCCAGAAGGACUUGGCCACCAGCUGAACCAGACGGCUCCAUCCUCGUCCUCUUCGUCCUUGCCGCCGACGCAGACGAUCGGUAUCCCGCUGUCGCCGACUGAGACGGAGGCGACCUCCUCCGAACACGAGUACUACAACGAUCUGCAGCGCGAACUGAUACCACUGCAUCGCAACGAAACGACCGUCUAACGACUGAUGGGUGUGAUGAUGAU